CAGACAAACCUGUUUUACACACGUCACUCAAACACAGAACCAGGAAACAGAAUCACAUGAGUUCAGGGAAAGAGAAACUGAAGUGUACUUGAGCUGUUCUGUGUUUGUGUCUCUGUGUUCAUGCAGUAAAAUGGCAGAAGCCAGAUUUUCUCAGGAUGAGUUCAUGUGUCCAGUGUGUCUGGAUCUCCUGAAGGAUCCAGUGACCGUUCCCUGUGGACACAGUUACUGUAAGAUCUGUAUUACAGACUGCUGGGAUCAGGAGGAUCAGAAGAGAGUCUACAGCUGUCCUCAGUGCAGACAGACCUUCAGUCCAAGACCUGCUUUAUCUAGAAACACCAUCCUGGCUGAAAUGGUGGAGAAACUGAAGAAGACCAGACUCUCUGCUGACUGUGAGGCUGGAGCUGGAGAUGUGCAGUGUGACGUCUGUACUGGAAGAAAAUACAAAGCCCUCAAGUCCUGUCUGGUGUGUCUGGAGUCUUACUGUCAAACUCAUUUUGAGCGGCACGAGGAGUUUCGCUCAGGAAAACCACACAAAGUGACUGAAGCUACUGGACGACUGCAGGAGAUGAUCUGCCAGAAACAUGAGAAGAUCCUCGAGGUUUUCUGUCGCACUGAUCAGAAGUGUAUAUGUCUGCUGUGUACGAUUAUUGAACAUAAAAACCAUGACAUUGUACCAGCUGCAGACCAGAGGACAGAGACACAGAAGCAGCUGAAGGAGACACAGAAGACGCUCCAGCAGAGAAUCCAGCAGAGAGAGAAAGAUCUCCAGCAGCUGAGAGAGACUGUGGAGUCUCAUAAGCGCUCUGCACAGACAGCAGUGGAGGACAGUGAGAGGAUCUUUACUGAGCUCAUCCGCUCCAUUGAGAGAAGCCGCUCUGAGCUGAUACGACUGAUCAGAGAUCAGGAAAAGACUGAAGUGAGUCGAGCUGAAGGACGACUGGAGCGACUGGAGCAGGAGAUCAAUGAUCUGAGGAGGAGAGACGCUGAGCUGGAGCAGCUUUCACACACACAGGAUCACAUCCAGUUCCUGCAGAGUUUCCAGUCUCUCUCAGCACCUCCUGAAUCUACAGACGUAAAUGAUGAUCUCUUCAGUUCUCUCUUCUCUUCUGAUGCUCUGAGAGAAUCUGUCCAUCAGCUGAGAGACAAACUGGAGGAUUUCUGUAAAGAGGAGCUCAAGAAGAUCUCAGACAGAGUCACAUUCACCAACAUUGAUCACUGGACCAGGAACGACUUCCUACAAUAUUCCCAUCAGUUCACUCUGGGUCUGAACACAGUGAAUAAAUACCUCCGUCUGUCUGAGAACAACAGAGUGAUUACUAACACUGACACAGUCCAGUCAUAUCCUGAUCAUCCAGACAGAUUUGAUGUGUGGUCACAGGUGUUGUGUAGAGAGAGUGUGUGUGGACGCUGUUACUGGGAGAUUGAGUGGAGUGGAGAUAGUGUGUGUAUAUCAGUGUCAUAUAAGAGCAUCAGCAGGAAGGGAGUGGGUAAUGAGUGUGUGUUUGGAUAUAAUGAUCAGUCCUGGAGUUUGUACUGCUCUUCCUCCAGUUACUCAUUCAGACACAAUAACAUAAAGACUGAUCUCUCUGUAGAGUCCAUCAUCAGGAGAAUAGGAGUGUUUGUGGAUCACAGAGCAGGAACUCUGUCCUUCUACAGCGUCUCUGACACAAUGAGCCUCAUCCACACAGUCCACACCACAUUCACUCAGACGCUCUAUCCUGGGUUUAGGGUUUAUAGAGGAUCAUCAGUGAAACUGUGUUGAUGAAUCAGAAUAGAUAUUAUUAUCAUAAUGGCCUUUCAACUCAAAAUAUCACACAGUGAAUAAAUAAUUGUCAUUAUUUCCCUUAUGUAGCUCCGGCCCUUUCCAGCGUUUGUGUUCUUCUGUAUUCUGCUGUUUUUAUUGUCAUGCAUUUAAAUGUUAAACAUUAAUUUCAUUGUUAAUUUGUUUUUAAUUUUAAGUUACAGCUUGUUAAAUAAUUAGUCUUAAAAGGUUUAAAUGACAAUUUUAAACUC